GGCCUGGCCGGGGCCUUGCUCGCCCGUCGCCGCGAUGCCGCACGGCUUCAAGGCUGGAGACCUGGUGUUCGCCAAGAUGAAGGGCUACCCGCACUGGCCGGCCCGGAUUGACGACAUCGUUGAUGGGGCUGUGAAGCCUCCCCCCAACAAAUACCCCAUCUUCUUUUUCGGCACCCACGAGACGGCAUUUUUGGGCCCCAAGGACCUCUUCCCUUAUGAGAAGUACAAGGACAAAUACGGGAAGCCCAACAAAAGGAAAGGUUUCAAUGAAGGAUUGUGGGAAAUCCAGAACAACCCUCACGCCAGCUACAGCGCACCUCCACCAUUGAGCUCCUCCGACAGCGAAGUUGGCGAUGUCGACCCCGUCGCGGGAGGAGGGGGAGGAGGAAGCGACGUUCCCGGGGAGGAAGGCUCGACCCCGACCACGGGGGUCGGCGCAGCAGGGAUGACCGUGGAGAAGGCGGAGAGCGACGAGUCGGACAAAGCAAGCGAUCACAGCAGCGUGAAAAGGAAACCGUUAGCCAUGAAAAUGCCGGUAGCGAAACGACCCAGGAAAUCUUCAAGUGACCUUGAGCAGGCCAGCCCCUCUCCUUCGGAGGAGAACUCCGAAAGCUCGUCUGAAUCGGAAAAGUACAGUGACCAGGACUUCACUCCAGAGAAGAAACCGCCUCCGAGGGCUUCGCGACGGGCACCCGCUGGAGGAUGGAAGAAAAAGAAAAUCGAGUCGGCCUCCGACUCGGAGAGCAAGGCAGACUCCGAGGAGGAGGAGGAGGAGGACAAUGACCGAGAGGGCAGCCGGGCCCCCACUCCCAAGUCCGACUCUGACUCCAACUCGGAUGAAUCCGUCAAGAAGCCCCCCCGGGGAAGGAAGGCAGCUGCCGAGAAGCCUCCCCCCAAGCCCCGUGGCCGGAAGCCUAAACUCGAGAGACUUCCCAGCAGCUCCAGCAGCGACAGCGACAGCGACGUGGACCGGAUUAGCGAGUGGAAACGGCGGGACGAGGAGCGCCGGCGAGAGCUGGAGGAGAAGCGGAAGCGUGAGCAGGAGCAGGAGCUGCGCCGGCUGCGGGAGCAGGAGCGGGAGGAGAAGGAGCGGAAGCGGGAGAAGGCCGAGAAGGGGGAGGCGGAGGCGGCGGAGAGCGAGAGCAGCGCGGACAGCGAAGCCCCCAGGAGGAGCAAGAAGGGGCAGCACAAGGCAGCCCCCUCUUCCUCGGACUCUGAGGCAGAGAAAGAGGUGAACUUGAGGGGGAAAAAGAUGGCUACAUUUCCCUCUGUUCCGUCCUCAGAUCAUUCGAAGAAAUCAAGUCAAAAGGAGAAGCGAGGCCACGGAGACGAGAAGGCGUCUCGGAACAGGUCUCUGAGAGCCGAACGAGGCAGGAAGAAGCCCGAUCUGCUGUCGGAAAGAAAAUUGGAGAAGAAAAAAGAACCAACCGUUGAAGAGAAGCUUCAGAAAUUGCACAGCGAGAUCAAGUUUGCCCUCAAAGUGGACAAUCCGGACAUCAAGAGGUGUCUGAGCGCGUUAGAAGAGCUGGGCAGCUUGCAGGUCACUUCGCAGAUCCUCCAGAAGCACACUAACGUCGUGGCCACCCUGAAAAAGAUCCGACGUUACAAAGCCAACAAGGAUGUGAUGGAAAAGGCGGCCGAAGUCUACACCUGCCUGAAGUCCCGCGUCCUGGGCCCCAAAACUGGGGGCAACCAGAAGGUGCACAGGGCGGACGUGGAGAAGGAGGAAGGGGGCAAAGACAAGGAGAAGCUGCCAGCCGGGGAAGCGGAGAACGAGCGGGGCGAGGAGGAGGAGGAGGAGGAGAAGGAUCCUGAUCUCCCAGCGCCCGUGAACGGGGAAUCGGCCACCCAGAAGGAAGAAGGGGAAGCGGAGGACAAAGGCCAAGGGGAAGACUGGACUCCCGGAGAGGGCAAGAGGGAGACGUCGCCCGAAGAGACCCACAACGAGUAA